AUGACAUCCCCCGAACUGAGGCAACAUCAAGCAUCGUCCUGGAAUCUAGAUCGGCCAUGCGCUUGCAGAACAUCGCCAGAGGACAUGAACAUGGCAUAUGAUGAGCUGGUGCGUGAAGUCGACGAUAUCCCCGGAGACAACGAUGGCGCCUCUGGCAGUCUUCUUGAUGGACCAGGCAGCCUUACCAUCGGCGGUAAACCUUCGCGAUCCACGACUAUCGCGGCCCAGAUUACACCAGCAGAACUAUUGAGCUACCACACUCUUUCCAACCAGAAAGCAGCUAUCGAGAAGACGCUGGUCCUGUUCAACGGAUUCACCCGAGGAGGCAUAUUAGGAGACGAGAUGGGUCUAGGGAAAACUCUUGCGAUGGGUAUUUUGAUCUGA